GGCCCUGCACGCGAGCCACCGCUGUACGGCAGGGCCAAGUCGCAUGGUUCCUUUGACAUGACGCGUACCGCCGACACGCUGCUUGUUGUCUUGUUUUCUCUCACCUCUACUUACACAGCCCGAGCACAAGCUCACGGGUCUCCGCAAAGCCGCCGUCCCCGGUCUGUAUCCUCGAAUCACAACCAGCCAUGCGUACAUCCCCCCGGAGCCUGCCCUAUACCAAAUCGCCCGAACACAGGGUGCAGAGCCUGAGAGCACAUGCGUAGCGCCAUUCUUUUGUCAUCAAUCCCUCUUGGGAUCUCUUCGUGUCCCAAAUAGCCAGUAAUCUCAUCAGUGAUUAUAAGCUCUUGGUUCACGCCCUCAAAGGUCACCACAAGACAAGACAUCUUUUACCCACUAUACACCUACUCCAUCCCCUGGGACCACCUCUCUCAUUGCUUCUUCACAUUCAAUUGCAUCUUUCAAGAUCAUGAGAGGCUUUACAAGAGCGUCAGCCUUUGGCCUCACGGCAUUGGCCUCUCUCGCCUCUGCUCAAGUCGCCAACGUCUGUCCAUCCACGGGAGUUUGCUUCAAGCUGAACAUUCCCCAAAGCACAGCUUCUUCUGGCUCAGGAGACAUCUUCUUCCAGAUCCAAGCACCCAGCAGCUAUGAGUGGGUUGCACUUGGCCAGGGAAACGGCAUGGCCAACUCCAACAUAUUCGUUGUAUACACAUCCGCAAGUGGAAACAACGUCACUCUCUCACCCCGACACACCACCAGCUAUUCACCUCCGACCCUCAACACUGAUGCCCAAGUAACAUUACUCGAGGGCUCUGGUGUAUCAAAUGGCGUCAUGACUGCCAACGUAAAGUGCUCAAACUGCAACAGCUGGUCAGGAGGUACCAUGGACUUCAAGUCCGGAAGCGGCAACUGGAUCUACGCCUUCCAGAACUCUGGCGGAUCCAAGAACACCGACGAUACUUCAGCUCAGAUCAACCAGCAUUCCGACCACAGCGUCUUCAACUGGGACUUUGCUCAAGCCAAGGGCGGUUCUAGCGUCAACCCCCUCAUCGCCACCACCUCAACUGGCACCACCCCCAACACUGGCAACACCAACUCCGGCAUCACAACCAUUAGCGCUGCCGGCGCCGUCACCAACCGCCGUGAAAAGCUCAUUGCCCACGGUGUCCUCUCUUCCCUUGCGUUUGUCAUCUUUUUCCCUACUGGUGGUAUCGCCAUUCGCCUCGUCUCCAUGACCGGCAUGGUCUGGCUGCACGGCGCAUUCCAGAUCUUUGGCUACAUGACCUACAUUGCCGGCGCCGGUCUCGGUAUUCACCUUGCCCGCGGGCUAAACCAGACGGGAGCAUAUCACGCCAUCAUCGGUAUGAUUCUCCUUGCUGUUCUCUUUUUCAUGCCCUUCCUCGGAUACAUGCACCACGUUUUCUUCAAGAAGGUCCAGAGCCGCACCAUCUGGUCGCACGCUCACAUCUGGGUUGGUCGUAUCUUCAUCACUCUUGGUAUCCUCAACGGUGGCUUUGGACUCAGACUAGCCCAGUGCGCCAACUUGAGCUCCCGCGCUGGUCAAAUCGUCUACGGUGUUGUUGCCGGUCUCAUAUGGUUGGCAUGGGUCGGUGCCAUUGUCAUUGGUGAGAAGAAGAGGAGCAGCUCGCUUACCGAGUCUGGAUCCAAGCUCGCAGACGAGAGGGCCAACUCCGAUGGCACUGCUGUUGAUGUCAAUGGACAUUAUGGCCACAAGCAGCAACAGUAGAAGAUGGUCGUGUAAUCACUGUCGAGUACAGUAUGCGUUGAGAAUUUGACACGAUACGGGUGUGAUAAUUGGCGCAAAUGGUACAAUUUAUAGAGUGCUUAAUAAUAUAAAAUAAAUCUUGACAAUCUUGAC